UGACCCGCCCGAGGAGGCUGCCGCGGCGGCGCGGGCUGCGCGGGGAGAGCGCCGAGAGAGGCGAGCAGCGGCGGCGGGCGCGGAACGGGCGCACGGACGAUCUAGUCCGCGGCCGCACGAGCUCCGGCGCGGGGGCUGCCUGCGCGUCCCUGGCCCGGCGUGGCGACUGCUCUCCGGGCUGGCGGGGGCCGGGCGUGAGGCCCCGGGCCUCAGCGUUUCUGCGCGCUGCGAGUGUUCGCCACUCGCCAGCAAAGUUUGGAGUAGGCAACACCAAACCCCAGUCCUUUCUUCUUCUCGCUGCCCAGAUCCGAGGGCAGUCCCGGCGUCAUGUCCUCGCUGUUCAGCGAUCCGGGGCGUGCGUGAAGCCUCGAAACCUUGCCGCCGGCUGCAACCCAAGGGAUCUUUCUCUUUUUGGAGUUUUUCUCCGAGCUCAAAGUCUGCUCCAUCCCGAUCCACUCCGGGCUCCGGCACAGAACCUAGCGCGGAGGAGCGCGGCCAUUCAAGUGGCGGUAGCAGCGGCAACAGCAGCAGCAGCAGCAACAGCAGCAGCAACAGCAGCAGCCUGAGCACAAGCCACCGCCACAGCGCUCUGGCUCCUGAGCCCCCUGUGGGCUGAAGGCAUUGCAGGCAGCCCAUGGUCCUUGAGGAAGUGUGCAGAUGGGAUUGCCGUCCACAUGGAGAUAUGGAAGAGGACCAGGGAUUGGCACCGUGACCAUGGUCAGCUGGGGGCACUUCAUCUGCCUGGUCUUGGUCACCAUGGCAACCUUGUCCCUGGCCCGGCCCUCCUUCGGUUUAGUUGAGGAUACCACGUUAGAACCAGAAGAGCCACCAACCAAAUACCAAAUCUCCCAACCAGAAUCGUACGCGGUCGCCCCCGGGGACUCGCUAGAGUUGCGCUGCCUGUUGAAAGAUGCCGCGGGGAUCAGUUGGACUAAGGAUGGGGUGCGCUUGGGGCCCAGCAAUAGGACAGUGCUUAUUGGGGAGUACUUGCAGAUAAAAGGAGCCACACCUAGAGACUCCGGCCUCUAUGCUUGUACUGCAGCUAGCACGGUAGACAGUGACACUUGGUACUUCAUGGUGAAUGUCACAGAUGCCAUCUCGUCCGGAGAUGACGAGGACGACACAGAUAGCUCCGAAGACUUUGUCAGUGAGAACAGGAACAACCAGAGAGCACCAUACUGGACCAACACAGAAAAGAUGGAGAAGCGGCUGCAUGCUGUCCCUGCCGCCAACACUGUGAAAUUCCGCUGUCCAGCCGGGGGGAAUCCAACACCCACAAUGAGGUGGCUGAAAAAUGGGAAGGAGUUUAAGCAGGAGCAUCGCAUUGGAGGUUAUAAGGUACGAAACCAACACUGGAGCCUUAUCAUGGAGAGCGUGGUCCCGUCGGACAAAGGCAAUUACACCUGCCUAGUGGAGAAUGAGUUUGGGUCCAUCAACCACACCUACCACCUCGAUGUUGUUGAGCGAUCACCACACCGGCCCAUCCUCCAAGCUGGACUGCCUGCAAAUGCCUCUGCGGUGGUCGGAGGGGAUGUGGAGUUCGUCUGCAAAGUUUACAGCGACGCCCAGCCCCACAUCCAGUGGAUCAAGCAUGUUGAAAAGAACGGCAGUAAAUACGGGCCCGAUGGUCUGCCCUACCUCAAGGUCCUGAAGCACUCGGGGAUAAAUAGCUCCAAUGCAGAAGUGCUGGCUCUGUUCAAUGUGACGGAGAUGGAUGCUGGGGAAUAUAUAUGUAAGGUCUCCAAUUAUAUAGGGCAGGCCAACCAGUCUGCCUGGCUCACUGUCCUGCCCAAACAGCAAGCGCCGGUGAGAGAAAAGGAGAUCACAGCUUCACCAGAUUACCUGGAAAUAGCUAUUUACUGCAUAGGGGUCUUCUUAAUUGCCUGCAUGGUGGUGACAGUCAUCUUGUGCCGAAUGAAGACCACAACCAAGAAGCCGGACUUCAGCAGCCAGCCGGCUGUGCACAAACUGACCAAGCGCAUCCCCCUGCGGAGACAGGUAACAGUUUCGGCUGAGUCUAGCUCCUCCAUGAACUCCAACACCCCACUGGUGAGGAUAACCACUCGUCUGUCCUCCACGGCAGAUACCCCAAUGCUAGCAGGGGUCUCCGAGUAUGAGUUGCCAGAGGAUCCAAAGUGGGAGUUCCCCAGAGACAAGCUGACGCUGGGCAAACCCCUGGGGGAAGGUUGCUUCGGGCAAGUAGUCAUGGCGGAAGCAGUGGGAAUCGAUAAAGACAAACCCAAGGAGGCCGUCACAGUGGCAGUGAAGAUGUUGAAAGAUGAUGCCACAGAGAAGGACCUUUCUGAUCUGGUGUCAGAGAUGGAGAUGAUGAAGAUGAUUGGCAAACAUAAGAACAUCAUCAAUCUCCUGGGGGCCUGCACUCAAGAUGGGCCACUCUACGUCAUAGUUGAAUAUGCCUCCAAAGGCAACCUCCGGGAGUACCUCCGAGCUCGGAGGCCACCUGGCAUGGAGUACUCCUAUGACAUUAACCGAGUUCCCGAGGAGCAGAUGACCUUCAAGGACUUAGUGUCCUGCACCUACCAGCUGGCCAGAGGCAUGGAGUACUUGGCUUCCCAAAAAUGCAUCCAUCGGGAUCUGGCAGCCAGAAACGUGUUGGUAACAGAAAACAACGUGAUGAAGAUAGCAGACUUUGGCCUGGCCAGGGAUAUCAACAAUAUAGACUAUUACAAAAAGACCACAAAUGGGCGACUUCCGGUCAAGUGGAUGGCUCCUGAAGCCCUUUUCGAUAGGGUUUACACCCAUCAGAGUGAUGUCUGGUCUUUUGGGGUGUUAAUGUGGGAGAUCUUCACUUUAGGGGGCUCACCCUACCCAGGGAUUCCCGUGGAGGAACUUUUUAAGCUGCUCAAGGAGGGACACAGGAUGGACAAGCCUGCCAACUGCACCAAUGAGCUGUAUAUGAUGAUGAGGGACUGCUGGCAUGCCGUACCCUCUCAGAGACCCACAUUCAAGCAGCUGGUGGAAGACUUGGACCGGAUUUUAACUCUCACAACCAACGAGGAAUAUUUGGACCUCACUCAGCCUCUCGAACAGUAUUCUCCUAGUUACCCCGACACAAGGAGCUCUUGUUCUUCAGGGGACGAUUCUGUGUUUUCUCCAGACCCCAUGCCUUAUGAACCCUGCCUGCCUCAGUAUCCACACAUAAACGGCAGUGUUAAAACAUGAGCGAACGUGUCUUCCUGUCCCCAAAUGGGACGUCACCAGGAACCUACAUACACUGAACAGAGAGGCUGAGCCUCCAGAGCAUGUGACACACCUCCACUUGUAUAUAUGGAACAGAGGAGUACAUAAUGGGAAGCAUGUUUGGCACAUGUGUAAAGAUUUAUAGAGUUGGGAACAUGUCACCUUCCCAGGGGAGGAAGAAUGUUUCUUGAGAAGUGGACAGCUGCAAGCCACCACACCGCCCUCUCUGACCCACCGUGUGUCCUGGAUUGUGCCCCGGUUGGACUCAAGGCAGACGCGUGUUCUGCCUUCCUUGUUAAUUUUGUAAGAAUUGGAGAAAAUAUAUGUCAGCACACACUUACAGAGCACAAAUGCAGUGUAUAGGUGCUGGAUGUAUGUAAAUAUAUUCAAAUUAUGUAUAAAUAUAUAUUAUAUAUUUACAAGGAAUUAUUUUUUGUAUUGAUUUUAAAUGGAUGUCCUGAUGCACCUAGAAAAUUGGUCUCUCUUUUUUUAAAUAGAUAUUUGCUAAAUGCUGUUCUUAGAAUUUCUUAAUUUUCACCGAGCAGAGGUGGGAAAAUACUUUUUGCUUUCAGGGAAAAUGGUGUCACAUUAAUUUAUUAACCAAUUGGUAAUAUACGAAAUGAUUAAUCAUUUAUAGUUUUUUUUUGUAAUUUAAGUGGCAUUUCUAUGCAGGCAGCACAGAGGACUAGUUAAUCUAUGCUUGGACUUAACUGGCUAUUGGAUCCUUUAAGAAGAGAAAUAUUUACCAUCUAUGACUAAUGUGGGGGGAAGUGACGUGUUCGACUUAUCUGUGUUUCAACUCUGCUGUCCGAUGAUCAUGUUUAGCCACCUCAAUGCCCACUUACAAGAAACCUGUUAAGCUCUGUCACCCUCGUGUAACAUUUACCCAGACUUCCCAAGACCAAUGGUACCAGCGUCCUCAUCCCAAAAUGCCUUAAUCCACUCUCUGGGAACAGACGUCCAUCGGAAUGAUAGCAGGGUGGGUUCUGUCUGGCAGCUGGCCUUCUGCCUGAGUUACACAUUUGUCACGUGAGCCUCACCUCUCCUCCGUGAGGUUUAGUAACAGCUUCAGGUUCUUCAGCCUCAGAAACUCCUUUGGGGACUCUCCAUUCUCUCAGAAUAUCAAAAGCCCAGUAUUACUCUGUUGAGAGUUUGGGAGCAUCUUCCUUCUUUUAGAGGGUUUCUUUCUGGCUUCCGCCUUCGUCUCACCCAAAGAGCUGGCCUGAUAGCUGCACCCGACGAGAGACCGGUUAUUGUUGAUUUCCGUAUUCAAGUAUUGUGUUCUGCUUUGGAGACACCCACUCACUUUGCUACAGUCAUGUGACAUGAAUGCAGAUUACACUGAUUUUUAUGUGUUUUGAAAUUGGAGAAAGUAUUUAAUAAAACCUGUUAAUUUUUAUACUGACAAUAAAAAUGUUUCUACAGAUAUUAAUGUUAACAAGACAAAAUAAAUGUCAC